UAUCUCGUAUUUUCAAAAUGUAUAAACAAUUUCUAAUUAUUUGGCCAUGUUAUUAAGCUUUCCGCAAUCAAACGCACGAAAUUGGAAUAGCCGGCCAGUCAUAAAUACAUAAAAAGUUUUUAUAAAUUUUAUUUUAAAAAAUUGACCGAUUAUUUUUUUAAAAUCAAAUUUUAACUGUUAUAAAUAUUAUUUUGUAAGUCAGACAUUCAUUCAUUCAUAUAAAAUAACGUCAGCCUUACUUAAACAGGAAACUUAUAAAUUGUUUAAAAUAUGGCUCCGAAGAAAAGUAAAGGAUCCACAAGUGCUUAUUACUUUUAUAUGCUUCAUGUGCAAAAUAGACAUCCUGGUAGACCAAUAGGCCUAGCUGAAGCAGCCAGAAUUGCUGGUCCUGAAUGGGAGAGAAUGUCUAAGAAUCAACGAGCACCAUUUCAAAAAUUAGCUGACGAGGAAAAAAUGAGACAAAAAGGAUCUGGUGAUAAAUUUGAUUCAUAUGGUCGAAGCUAUGCAUACCUAGAUAAUGAGAAAGAAAUUCAAACUCAAAAAGAGGAAUCAAUGCGGAAAAAUGUUAAAGAACGAAUAGAAAUAGCUUUAAUAAACGAUACGUUGGUUCAAGAAGAAUUUUUUUUCAUUGAUAUAAAUAUAUUUUGCGAAGUUUACGACAAGGAAUACGAAAAGUAUUUCUAUUAUCCUGCUGAAAUUGCUAUUUCAAAGUAUACUUUAAAAGAUGGCGUUUCUAAAACGUAUCAUUCUGCAAUUAAUCCAGGUCGAGUUCGAACUGGUUAUACUCGAACAGCUCAACAGCAUUCGGAUGAAACGCAUCAAUUACCAAUUCCGCCAGACGCUCUUGGUGAAAAAGACAUGAAUAUCAUUUUAAAACAAGUACUUGAAUUCUUGAAGGAUAAUUGUAACAAGAGUACUCUACCUUAUUUGUAUACUUUACCAAAACAGAUCCAAAUUGUUGAGGGAGUGUUAAGUCAAUUAUGUAAUGAAAGAGAAAUAUGUAUUGAUUUUAAAAUAUUCAGUUUACCAGAACUAUUCAUGUACUUAAUGAAUGCUACAGCUUCAGCAAAAGAUAAAUUUGAUACGCCAACCAUUGCUCAACUAGCAAUUGAAAAAGAUGUUUACGAUUAUUACAAAAGAUUGGCCUGUGAUUAUCAUGAAACAACUGAUGUACUUCAUAUGUGCAGUUUAUCAAAAGUGAAACGGUGGGGUUUCAUAAUAUCAGAUUACUGUUUACAAUUCUUAGAUGUUCCAGUCAUUUUAGGACAACAUUUACCCGAACAAGUGGAUUCUAGUUUAAUUAAAAAUGAUAUGGGUAGUCGCUGUGAGUCCCGCGCUGAAAGUGAAUUUACAACUGUCUCAAGAAAAUCUCAAGCUAGGUCAAUUAAAUCAAAUUCGGUGUGUAGUACUCCAGCUCCAUCCAUAAUAUCAGAAGCCCCUCUACUACAACGUAAAAACCAAUCUGGUGCCAUUAAGAAAGUACCUAUGGAAAGAUCGCAUUCCCCAACAGAAUCGGUGACUUCAUAUGUUUCUAAUAUGAGUCUGAACUCAAACCAAGAUCCUAAUGAAAGAGUAUAUACACCGAAUAUAAUUGAUUUUCCACUAUUGAGUAAUCGCAAUACGGAUUCUGCUUCAACAGUUGGAAGGUUAGAACAAAUCAGACGACCAAAAACCCAAAGUCAAGUAUCAGGUCAAGUUAAAGGUUCUGCCGCUUCUUUAUUGGGUUAUACUACUGAUACUUCAGCAACUGAUAGCACUUGGAGUAACAUGGCGAAAAAACGUUCUCAAAUGAAAUCUGCAGGUCGCGGUCGUAGUAUGGCAGCAAAUUUUUCAAAUCCAUAAUUUAAAAAUGGAAUUAAAUGAAUAGAACGUUAAUAACAAUAUUUUUGAUACGUUUUUGUAAAGUAUUUGUUAAGCUUUAUUAAUAAUUUAAAUCAAGAACAUAUUUUUAGAUGAAAUGUAAUUUUAAAGAUUUGUUGUCUUAGCUCGAGGGAUACAUUAACGUUUAAGGAAGUUCCCCCAAAAACACGUUUUCUUUGGAUUAAUAAAAAAUAUUAAUUCAGACCGUUCAAAUAGCGGCCUGAAUGAUAUUCAACUGUAGCGUCUAAUACAACAUUUAAUGAACUGACUGGCUGAUGCUUAGGUCAUUCACACAAUAGGUUUUAUUAUAUUUAUUGUGUAUUGACGUAAUUUAAAAUAUAACUAUUUAAUAAUCAUGAGAUCAAAUAGCGUAACUCAAUAACAAAGUAUACAUGAAAGUAAUUAAAAUAUUAUUUGUUAAGACAAGUUAAAACCCCAUGGCAUUUUGAUCCACAAAUAAUAUUGUUUUUAAAACAAGCACAUCUAUUAUUGCGACACUAAUUUACAACUGGCUUACAACUAAAUUUUUCUCUCUCAAAGAGUUUGGACUUUCUGAAAUAUAUCGCCAUUGCUUGUAUCUGAGUACCGCGACUCUUGUUGUGAAAACUAAUUUUGAAUAGAAAACUUUUUUUGAACUUGUGAGAAAUACCGACAAUGUUGUUCCUUGUCGAUAUCAUAUUCACAGUGUAUAGAUUUCAGCGACAGAUGACAGAAAGUGGAACUCAAUUUAAAUGGCUAGGCUAUGCAAGUAAUUAAACGCUAUCCAUCAAACUCUAAGUAAUUUAUCUAGCUGUUUGAUUGAAUAACUGUAUAUCGUUUUACGCCGCUGGUUCAACGAAGCCGUUUAGUAAAAAGGUUAGGCUGUUGAUUGAAUGAUUAAUUAAGUUAGUUGAAUGCGAAAUAUACAUAAUAAUUUCUUUAAGAUGUUAAAUCAAUGCCUUAAAACUUACAUUUUUAACAUACAAACCUUAGAAUGACUUAUUUCAAAAAGAGAUAUAACUACAGUGGAAAUUUUUCUUGAAGUAAAUACGACCAAGUAAUAACUAGAAAACCAUACAUAUUCAUAAAACAAUAGGAGGUCGGACUAAAUUUUUUUUAUCACAUCAGAUGAAGAAUACUCACUACACGAAUGGAAAAGUGAAGUUGGUUUAAAAAAUCUUUACUGGUGUGUAAGAUAUGAACGUUUAAAAUUCCUAAUGAAACAAAGAGGAAGAUAGUCACUAUGGCGAUACCCAUGGUCAUACAUGGGUAUCGCCAUAGAGAUUAUAUAUAAAACUUUGUUUUGCUAAAGGAAGAUGGGCAACCUUUGAAUGCAAUCUUUGAUUGCUAAUAACUUCUUCGUCUUGAAUUUUAAUUCACUUUCAAAUUUUGUCAUGCUAUCAAUUCUGGUUUUACAUUUUUACGGGUUAUAUGGCCAAUUCGGCAUCAGGAUUAUCUCCUAUUUCAAGUGAUUUGCUUUUUUAUCGAUGUUAUUAUAUUGAAUAAUUGAGUCAAUUGCUGGAUAAAAAUGACUUACUUGAAAUUUUUGUAUGUUAAAUUAACUUUUGCGUACUUUUUAACGAUAUUCUUACUCAGAAUAGAAAAUUUUUAUCUCCAAUAUUAUCAUACACUAAUUUUUGUGGGAAUUUCCUUAAAUUGGUUCAUUUUAAUAAAAACCGUUUUAGGAAUAUUUGUUUUACACAGUGUAUUGCUAAAGCUGAUGUUAAAAUCAAGGAACGGUAAAAUAAACGUUCUUCAGUGUGUUUCUGAG